AUGGACCAAGACUUCGUUAUGAUAGAGCAUCACCACGACCGCAGCCCCCACCUGGAUUCCAUCUCACAAUACGUUGAUGCGUUGAACGAUGGCCUGAGGAAAGUGUCCCUGGAGAUACACGACCACCCUGAGCUGCAGUACAAGGAGUUCCACGCCCACGAUGGGCUGACCAAGUAUCUCGCCACACAGGCUGGCUGGAAGGUCACCAAGUCGGCGCACGACAUCAGGACUGCCUUCGUUGCUGUGUACGACAGUGGUAGACCAGGGCCUACCGUCUCCUUCAACGCAGAGUACGACGCCCUCAAAGGCAUCGGCCACGCCUGUGGCCACAAUCUCAACGCGAUAGCCUCUGUAGGAGGAGCGCUAGCAGCUGCAAAACUUGUUACGGAGGCUCGUCUGGGCGGCAAGGUAGUGUUAUUUGGCACGCCUGCUGAGGAAGGCGGCGGUGGCAAGAUCAAGCUGCUCGACGCGGGCGCUUACAAAGGUGUCGAUGUGUCACUCAUCUCGCAUCCCGGAAUCACUGCCAACGCAGCUCUGAUGCGUACUGCAGCCUAUGCCAGCUUCAAGGUCGAGUACUUCGGCAAGGAAGCUCAUGCUGCCGCGGCGCCUUGGCAAGGCAUCAACGCUUUAGACGCGCUCAUCACUGCUUACAAUGCCAUCAGCGUACUUCGACAGCAGACCCAGCCAGGCGACAUAAUACAAGGACAUAUCACCAAUGGAGGUCUUCGACCAAACAUCAUCCACGCGUAUAGCGCUGGCAUGUUUGUUGUGCGCUCGAGAGAUCGUAGUCGACUGGAAGCAUUGAAGAGCCGAGUGCUCAAAUGUUUUGAUGCGGGAGCAAUAGCUACUGGAGCCACCGUGAAGGUCACACCCAAAAGUGCAUACGACGAUCACAUGCCGAAUCAAGCCCUAGGUGGAGAUAUCCCACCUCCUGAGCUUGCCGGCUCCACGAUGGCGAGCACAGACCAAGGAAAUGUCAGCUACCAUAUGCCAUCCAUCAGCCCCAACUUCUGGAUACGCAGCGAAAGCGAGGAUGGUCAGUAG